UUUUGGGUGGCUUAGGAUAAUGUACAAGACAUUCUAGGGACUAGCUCUAGCAUGUGUUAUGCCAGACCUUUCAGUUAAGAAGACAAAAUCCCACCGUAUAUUGCACGACGGUGGAGGACCUUGGCUUAAUACAAGCCUUGCAGUAUAUUCAAUUAUGUUUUUCAUAGCUUAGGGUGGACAAACCACUAAGAAUACUGUGUUUGAAGAAACGUCUCGACACAACUUGCAGCAUUUAAAAAAUCAUGGUAGAGAAUUGAAAAAAGAAAGUCAAAAUUAUCGGUCACCCUACUGGUCUCUAUCAUAUAUGUGUUAUCACACAGAUAUUGUGUCAAGGUUUGCACGCGCAGCAGUCGGAAACUACGGGUGUAUUUUGGGUUUUAAAAAAAGGGUAUCGCUAUGCAAGGGUUAUCACCAGGUUGACACAGACGUGUCGGUCAAAAUUUUGGGACAAGUGUACCGAGCCAAGAGUACGUGUGCACCACACACACGCAAACGCUCAUGAUCAAAGGGAUGUUGUCGUUUACUGAUUAAUGUAAGCGUGUGACGAGUUAAGCCUGACCAAAGGCCAGUACAACUGGCGCAGGGUGUCGUCGACGUCGCUGAAACGUAGCGUGGCAUUCCUGCGGUGUGGCCUACGCUGAGCGGACGCCACCAUGGAUUCUGAAGAGCAGCUGGCUGGACUCUCUCCAAAUGUCUGGAUGCGACAAUGGGACAGCGUGUAUGAACUCUUCGGCAGGGACGCCUUUUUCACAAGUGUUGUGGGAACAGUUGUGUUCACAUCUGCAGUCUUCUGGCUGAUCAAUAUUUUCUUUAUAGUCUUGGAUGUUACUGGAAAACCAGCCGUGCUCCUUCGCUACAAGGUGCAGCCAGACAAAAAUAGACCGGUGUCUUCCGACUCCUUGCUGAGGGCGAUCAGAGUGGCGCUGUUUAACCAGACCGUCGUGGGCGGGCCCUUUGUCCUGUGCCUCUACAAGGCCCUGGUCUGGCGAGGGUGUGGAUUCGAACCAUCGUCUCUCCCCUCGUACCAACGGGCGUUAAUGGAAAUGGUUGUGUUUGUAGCGGUAGAGGAGAUAGGAUUUUACUAUUUUCACAGAUUGUUGCACCACCCGGCUCUGUACAAGGAGAUCCACAAGCUGCACCAUGAAUGGACGGCGCCAGUAGGAGUUGUAGCUAUCUACGCCCACCCCAUAGAACACGUGCUGGCUAACCUGGUGCCGGCGGUGGCUGGCCCGCUGUUGAUGGGCGCACAUGUAGCCAUGCUGUGGCUGUGGCUGGGGAUUGUCAUCGUCACCACCGUGAUUCACCACAGCGGCUACCACUUCCCCUUCAUGUCCUCUCCAGAGUUCCACGACUUCCACCACCUCAAGUUCAACAACUGUUAUGGCGUGUUGGGGCUGCUGGACAGGCUUCACGGUACUGACCAGUUGUUUCGCGCAUCGGCUUCUUACCACAGACACAAAGUGCUCUUCAGUCUGUACCCCGCGUCCAAGCUUGUGCCGGAUCGAUGCCAGGCGGGAAAAACAUUUUGAUGGACACCAGGCCUCAACGUCAAUAGAAGCUUUAGGAGAGAAAUCACUACAGUGUACAUAUUAACUCAGGCAAAGUGUUGACACGUGUGUAUGUGUAUGAGAGAGAGAUGGGGGGGGGGGAUAUUGUGAAUAGGGUUGAGAAAAGAUGCAAUAAAAUGUGUAUCGUUACAAAAGUAUCAUGCUAACGAUGUGUGCGGCAUGGCAUGAAUAAGCGAUUGUUAUCAAUUACUUUAAAAUAAAGGUAUUUCUGUCACGCUGUCAUUGCUGGCUGACUUUCCUUUCAAAAUGUCAGACGGAUUUUCCUGUACCAUAUCUUUCCUUAUUGGUCAUCGUGCUAAAACGCAAAAGGUCCUGUUGGCAGGACGAAUUAAAGAUAAUCAUAUGGCCACAGGAUUUUUAGUUAUUUUGCAUUGAAACAAUGAAUCUCUCUUCCUUUCCAUAUCCGCCACUUUUUAUACCCACUAUUGAAUCCUUUAAAUGUGCACUGAAAACGCACCUCUUCCGUAAACAUUACUCCUAAUUAACACUCUUUCCUAUAUAAUGCAAGUUCUUUUUU